AUGUCAACGGGCAAGAUGGCGUCAAAUGGUCGGUGCCUCGCCUUUUUUAGGCUGAUCGUAUGGUGGUGCUUCAGAUAUCUUCGCGCCGUGGAAGUUGGCCGCCCGCCUGCCAGUGUGACUUACGAUGUUGCACUAAAACUACAAACGAACAAAGACGGCGCCGUCCUGCGUGAUCGCAUCAGGCUACCACACCCCUGUAACUCCGACUUUCGUAUUGCCGUUGUUUGCAAAGAAGGAAGCAAGGUCGCAGCGGAAGCGCGAGCAGAUGGCGCAGUAGCUGUGGGCGAGGAGACGCUCAUUGCUACGAUUAAGGCUGGAGAAAUCAAUUUCAACCGUCUCAUUUGCCACAUUGACUCCGCGCCGGUACUUAUGAAAGCCGGUCUGGGCCCCAUAUUGGGGCCUCACGGCCUCAUGCCGAACAUCAAGAACAAGACGAUCACAAAUGAUGUUCGCUCUCAGAUGCGCGAGAUGGCAGGCACCGAAAAUUACCGAGAACGUGCCGGCGUGGUGCGCAUGGCAAUAGGCCAGUUGGGAUUCACACCACAGAUGAUCGCAGACAACAUCAAGGCGUUCAUGGCCAAGAUCAAAGAGGAUAUGCGCAAGGUUGAGCUCACGACACCCAAGACUGUCGACGAGGUAGUUCUAAGCACUACGAAUGGUCCUGGAAUCAGCCUCAGUGGGGGUUUCAACCCAACAGACGAAAAGUUAACACCUGCUCACCUUUCCACAGCGAUGUAG